AUGAAAGCAGUGGUAUUCAAGGGACCGGGGAAGGUGGUGAUUGAAGACAGGCCGAUUCCGAAGAUUCAGGAUGCGGGGGAUAUCAUUGUGAAAGUUGAAAAGACCGCGUUGUGCGGCAGUGAACUGCACGUCUUCCGCGGUCAUCAACCAUCUGGUACCGAUUUUGUAAUGGGUCAUGAGUUUACCGGCCACGUUCACGAAGUAGGUUCAUCGAUUAAGAACUUCAAAGUCGGCGAUCAUGUUGUCUCGCCAUUCACAACUUCCUGCGGCGAAUGUUUCUAUUGCACCCACGGCUUCUCUUCCCGAUGCGUCAAGUGCCAGCUCUUUGGUUGCCCCGCCCUAGAUGGUGGCCAGGCGGAAUACGUCCGCAUCCCUCUUGCCGACUCUACGGCUGUCAAAGCACCCCCAGGCAUCAAAGAUGAGGCCUUGGUUCUUAUGGCAGAUAUCUUCCCAACAGGCAUGUUCGCAGCGAAGAACGGUUUCCAAUACUCCACGCCCGAGGAAAUCAAGGACAGUGUCGUUGUGCUUAUUGGCUGUGGCCCCGUAGCUCUCUGCGCACUCUGCAACAUCACCGACUACAAGCCAAAACACAUUCUCGCCGUCGACUCGGUUCCCUCUCGUCUGGAACUUGCCAAGUCCCUCGGUGCGGAACCCUGGAAUUUCCAGACUGAUCGUGAGGGCCUGGAUAAGCGUGUCAAGGAGCUCACAGACGGUCGCGGUGCAGACAUUGUCAUUGAAGUUGUUGGUCUCUCACCUGCGCUUCGAAUGGGGUAUGAAUUGAUCCGACCAUGGGGUGUCAUCAGCUCUGUCGGUGUGCAUAAUGGUGAGAUACCCUGGACAGGAAACGAAGCGUACAACAAGAACGUCCGGAUUCAGAUGGGAAGGUGUCCAGUGAGAAGCGUGUUUGAAGACGCUUUGGACAGCCUGAAGAGGCAUCAGGAUAAGCUUGGAUUCAUGGCUGAUAAGAUCAUGCCAUUGAGCGAGGCCGUUGAGGGCUACGACUUAUUCGAUAAGAUGAAGGUGCAGAAGGUUGUUUUCGAGGCACAAAACCUCGAGACUUUCGAUACGUUCUCCUCACCUUCCCCACUACACCUAGAUCUCGUCUCCGUCUCCACGACCCACCUUCUUCUCUCCGCUUCCCCAGGCCAUCUCCACAACAUGUCCUCAGAAGAGCCCCAACCCGGUCCUGGUCAGGAUGCCAGCCGCGUCGCCGAUCAGCUGGAUCGCCUCAACAUUGAUGGUGAGGGCGAGGUGGUCCCGCGUACCGAAGAGGAGUACGCCGAGUCGCAGCUCACCCUGCGAGCCAUUGUUUCGUCCAAGGAGGCUGGAGUCAUUAUUGGCAAGGCAGGCAAGAACGUCGCUGACCUGCGCGACGAGACUGGCGUGCGCGCCGGUGUCAGCAAGGUCGUGCAAGGAGUUCACGACCGUGUCCUCUCCGUUACUGGCAGCCUCUCUGGUAUCGCCAAGGCAUAUGGCCUAGUCGCCAAAGGACUGCUCGAGGGCGCUCCUGCCAUGGGCAUGGGCGGCGUUAUCCGCACGGAUGGCACUCAUCCCAUCCGCCUGCUCAUCUCGCACAACCAAAUGGGCACCAUCAUUGGUCGCCAGGGCCUGAAAAUCAAGCAGAUUCAGGAUGCUUCCGGCGUUCGCAUGGUCGCACAGAAGGAGAUGCUUCCCCAGUCUACCGAGCGCAUCGUCGAAGUCCAAGGAUCGCCGGCCGGUAUCGAGAAGGCUAUCUGGGAGAUCGGCAAGUGCCUCAUCGAUGACCACGAGCGUGGCUACGGCACUGUCCUCUACAACCCUGCCGUCAGGGUUCAGCCUGGUGCUGGCCCGGUCCCACUGUCCAACGGCGGUGGCGCACCUAGUGGUGGUAUGGGCGGACGCUCGUACAACCGCACUGGUCACGGCGCUGAUUUCAGUGAUUCGCCCCCUGCCUUUUCCCGACGAUCUGGCUCCGAUGCUGCCAGCAGGCCCCCGCCUCCAACGCAUACCGAAGAUGGCGAAGAGAUGCAGACUCAGAACAUUAGCAUCCCAUCUGACAUGGUCGGCUGUAUCAUUGGACGCGGCGGUAGCAAGAUCAGCGAGAUCCGCAAGACCUCCAACGCCCGUAUCUCCAUUGCCAAGGCACCCCAUGACGAUACUGGCGAGCGCAUGUUCACCAUCACUGGUAGUGCCAGUGCUAACGAGAAGGCGCUCUAUCUCCUCUACGAGAACCUGGAGGCCGAAAAGAUGCGCCGCAGUCAGGCCCAGGAGUAG